CCAUCAUGCAAGCCUCUUCAGAUACUGCUGCUCCUGAGAACAUCUUAAAGAAAAGACGCGCAAAUUAUCUACAGAUACAGGGUUAGGACUGGACAGAAGAUGCCUCUCGAGUUUGAACUUUGUCCCGGAAGAAGGAUCGGGGGGUCAAACCCCUGUUUCAUUAUCGCAGAGAUCGGUCAGAAUCAUCAAGGAGACAUUGAGAUUGCCAAGAAAAUGAUUCGCAUGGCUAAGAGCUGUGGUGCAGACUGCGUGAAAUUCCAGAAGAGUGAGCUCGAGCACAGGUUCGCCAAGCGCGCGCUCGAGCGUUCCUACUCCUCUCCUCACGCGUGGGGGGCCACAUACGGGGACCACAAGCGCCACCUGGAGUUCAGUCAUGAGCAGUACAGAGAACUGCAGAGCUUCGCUAAUGAAGUGGGCAUUUUCUUCACCGCCUCCGGGAUGGAUGAGAUGGCUGUAGAGUUUCUGCAUGAAAUCAACGUCCCCUUCUUCAAAGUCGCCUCGGCCGACACCAACAACCUUCCCUACCUGGAGAAGACUGCCAAGAAAGGUCGUCCCAUGGUGAUCUCCAGUGGUAUGCAGUCGAUGGAGAUCAUGCGCAAUGUUUAUCAGACGGUGAAGAAGCACAACUCAGCGUUCACCUUCCUGCAGUGCACCAGCGCGUAUCCUCUCCCCAUGGAGCACGUCAACCUGCGCAUCAUCACCGAAUUCCAGAAGGAAUUCCCAGAUAUCCCAAUCGGUUACUCUGGACACGAGGCAGGCAUCAGCGUGUCCGUGGCUGCUGUAGCUCUGGGUGCAAAGGUCGUGGAACGGCACGUGACCUUGGACAAAAGCUGGAAAGGCAGCGACCAUGCGGCGUCACUGGAGCCGGCCGAGCUGGCGGCGCUGGUACGAGAGAUUCGGGUGGUGGAGGUGGCGCUGGGAUCUCCAGUGAAGCAGAUGCUUCCCUGCGAAUCCUCCUGCCACAGCAAGCUGGGAAAGUCGGUGGUGGCGAAGAAGGCGGUGAAGAAAGGCACAGAAUUAACCCUGGACAUGCUGGGGGUGAAGGUGGCAGAACCACAAGGCAUCCCGCCGGAAAAGAUCUUCAAACUGGUGGGAAAGAAAAUCACCGAGGACGUGGAGGAAGACGACACCAUCACAAACGACAUGAUCAAAUACUGAUUCCUUCAUUUACAUUCAUACAUCUGUGUUUCAUUUCAGAUUUUUUUUACUGUGGACAGCUGUGGGGUUUGGAAAAAUGUUAUAUUUUUAAACAUUCUUGGUCGACAAGUAAGGUUUCUGAUUCUGAUUAUUCCUCUUCCUCAGUGCUGGGUUACCAGUUACCAGUCUAAUGUUUACUUUACCUCUUAAACACAACGCAGAGUUUUUAUUGUUUCAGUGAUUGCUGAAUAGAUUUGAAUAUAUUGAUAUAUUUGUAUGGAAUGUGGGAAUAUAUUUAUGUGCUUUUAAUUAUCAAAUCAAAUAAACAAUAUUCACUUUAAAA